AUGGGAGGUUGUCUUAGCCGACCGCAUGCCGAGGACUCUCUUCCCACGCAAGCCAGCGGCCAGCACAGCAAGUACACCACACCAGAGAAGUCAUCUGUAAGGUUGAAUCAGGCAGGCGCAGAAGGCAAGGAGGUUUCGCACACCCCAGCGCAGCGAUCCAAGUCGCGGGAAGGAUCGGAACACGGCGCGGUUCGAGCAGCGCGGUCGCGAGACAACUCGGAGCACGGAUCGUCGAAAGUCAAGCCGGAGCAGCCAGUAGAUGGCGUGCACUUGCCGGGAGAGAAAGAAAAUCCCGAGUUCCUGCCCGGAUCGAGGCCGGGCAGCAACGACUGGGACCGCAACAACCAGCCGUUGGAUCUUUCCGAGAUCACCGGCAGAAGCACGGCCGACGAUGAUGACGUGGCAGCCAAGGAUAGUCUCAAGAAGAUGCUUCAAGAGGUGCGAUCCAGCGACAACGGCCGCGUCGCAGCGGUCGCAGGCGACGGCAGCAUGGGAAUGGGGUUCGGGCCGCGAGGUGGUAACCCGAUGUUCGCGCAGAUGAACAGUAGCACGCACGGCGGGGGAGCGGGGGCGUUUGCGGGCGCGACGUCGAUGCACGGCGGCGUGGCGGCGAUGGGCAGCUCGUCCAUGCACGCGGGCUUCAUGGCGUCGGGCUCCAUGCACGGCGGCGGCACGGGACGCGCGUCUGCUGUCGCCAUGCGUGCCAUGCAGGCGGCGAAGCUGCGCGCGUCCAAGACGGCGCUGGAGCGACACAACGUGCAGAUCGUGGGCACGGGCUCUGAACUCCUCGUGCUCUCACACGGCUUCGGGCAGAAUAAAAAUAUAUGGAGCAGCAUAGUGGGGCAGCUGGACACGAGUGUGUACCGCAUCGUGCUCUACGACCUCACAGGCGCACUCGGCACGGACUACGACGCGUUUGACUACCAGCGCUACAGCACGCUGCAUGGCUUCGCCGAGGACCUGCUGCAGCUGCUGGGGGAGCUGGGCGUCGAGGGCACGGACUGGGGCCAUCAGUGCACGUUUAUAGGGCACCAGCAGAGCGGCAUGAUGGGGCUGCUCGCCUCCCUGGAACGCCCCAGAGUGUUCAAGCGCAUUAUCAUCAUGGGCUCCUCGCCCAGGUUGCUGGAUGCUCCAGGCUACGAGGGGGGCUUUGCUCUGAACGACCUGGACCAGGUGUUCGGCAUCAUGCAAGGCAACUUCAAGAUGUGGAGCAGAGGGUGUGCGCCCGUGCUGACAGCGGACGAUGUGAAGGCGCCUCUCGUGCGCGACUUCACCCGCCCGCUCUUCCUGCUGCGCCCUGACAUCGGCUUCAGCAACCUCAAAACCGCCUUCGCAUGCGACGUGCGAGAUAUCCUGCCACGGGUGUCAGUGCAAAUCCACCUUCUCUUUUUCGACCAAGACUCUACCGUGCCCCAGUCAGUAAUACAGUACAUGCUCACCACCAUUCCCAACGCCUUUGCCGAAAUCCUCGCUACAACCGGCUUCGCUGACUCGCCUACAACGGUUGCCGCCGGCAUUCAACGGCAUCUCAGCAUGCCGAUCCGAGAAACGUUUGGGCUGUCUAGCCGGAGGAUCUUCAAUGCCCGGUAUCUACCCCCGCCUAUGCCUGAGAUGGAGGAGGAUGCGCAGGAGAUGGAGGUGGAAAUUAUAUAG